AAUAAAGGCGGCCAGGGAAGGGACCCGACGAGCAUUUCCCAUUUGCAAUGCCUCGCAAACUCCCCUUCGACCUCACCCAGUCCACCAUCGUCAAAGGCGCAGAGCUCGCCCACCUCGCUGAGCGGCCGCUCCCCAAGGCGCCCGAUGGCGAGUAUGACUACGCGUCUCUCGCGACGGGCGAGAAGCUUAGGCGGACGACCGUGCGCGAGCACUCGGGCUUCUUCACGGUCACUUCCGACAUCCAGGGCGCCCUCGAGCGCGGGAACGUCGUCUCUGACCCCCGCGCGCCCGAGGCCGUCUUCCAGGCGAUCACGAACCCGGAGGCGAUCGACGACCGCAAGGGUCUCUCCCCCCCCGGGAAGCUGCAGGAUACUUUGAAUGAUAAGGUCAUCACGGUGUUGUAUGAGACGCUCACGCACCCGCCUGCGACGUUCAUGGACGACGAGUAUCGAUUUAGGAAAGCCGAUGGUAGUGGGAAUAAUGUGACAAUUCCUGACCUGGGACAGUCUGGGAGGCCGUAUGCGAGGAGCGUACAAGGAAAGCACCCUUUACCGGCGAAUGUGUUGCCUGAUGCAGGCUUGGUGUUUGAUACUCUGCUCAAAGCUCGUGAUUUCCAACCCCACCCUGGCCGAAACUCGUCUCUUACCUUCGCCUUCGCGUCUAUCGUCACCCACUCCCUCUUCCGCACCGACCCUGCCGACCGAAACAAAAACAAUACCUCGUCCUAUCUCGACCUCUCACCUGUCUAUGGAACGAACCAGAUCGAACAGGACCUUGUUCGCGACAAAGCACAGGGCCGCGGCCUCCUCUACCCCGAUACAUUCUCGGAGGACCGGCUUCAGUUCUUGCCACCCGCAGCGAGUGCUCUUCUCGUGAUCUUCUCCCGAAACCACAACUACAUUGCCGACAUGCUCCUGAAGAUCAACGAGAAGAAGAAAUGGAGAGACCCGGCGACGCUGAGCGAAGCCGAGCGCGCGAAGCAGGACGAGGAGAUCUUCCAGACCGCGCGGCUCGUCAACUGCGGGCACUUCAUGGCGCUCAUCUUCGGCGACUACGUCGCGGGCUUCCUCGGUCUCGGGCGCGACGGCUGCACGUGGAGCAUGAACCCGUUCGACACGAUCCACAAGGAGGACGGCGACCUCGUCCAGCGCGGGACAGGCAACCACGUCUCGGUCGAGUUUAAUGUCCUCUAUAGGUGGCACGCGACGACCGCCCAGGAGGACAUCAAGUGGGCGGAGGAUCAGUUGGGGAACGUCUUCAGGGGGAAGGCGCUUGAUAAGCUCGAGCUAAGUGACUUUCAGGAGGCGGCAAGGGAGCUUUUCACCAGCACGCAUGAGCCUGAGCCUCGGAAGAGGACGUUCUCUGGCCUCAAACGUCAGCAAGAUGGCUCGUUCUCUGAUGACGACAUCGCGAAACUCCUCCACGACGGCACUGAGAAGGUCGCGGGCGCGUACCGUGCUCGCGGCACUCCAGCUUGCCUGCGUGUAAUCGAAAUGGUGUGCAUUGAGCAAGCCCGCAAGUGGGGUGUCUGCACCAUGAACGAGUUCCGCGAGUUCCUGGGCCUCAAGCGUUUUUCGUCCUUCGAGGAAUGGAGCACCGCGCCAGGCAUCGCAGAUGCCGCUCGCAGGCUCUACGGGCACAUCGACAACCUCGAGCUCCACCCCGGUCUGCAGGCUGAGGACUGCAUGGCUCUCGGUCCAGGCAGUGGAAUCUGCUGCGGGUACACGAUGACGCGCGCCAUCCUCGCCGACGCGAUCGCGCUCGUGCGCGGCGACCGGUUCUUCACAACGGACUACACGCCCGAGGCGCUCACGAGCUGGGGCUUCCAGGACUGCGUGCGCGACCCGAACAACGGCGCGUUCGGUGCGGCGCUGCCUAGGCUGCUCUUCCGCCACCUCCCGCGCCACUACCCGGCGAACAGCGUCUACGCGCUCUUCCCGUUCUUCACGCCCGAGAUCACGAAGACGAAUCUCACGAAGCUUGGCAUUGCGGAUAAGUAUGAUUAUAGCCGCCCCGUCGCGCAGCCCAUCCCGAAGGUCCUCAAUACGCUCACGGGCAUUCGACAUGUCUUUGCGGAUCCGACGAAGUAUAUUCAGAUCUACACACGGGACAUGACAAUGCUCACACGCGGAUAUGGUUUCAUGCUCGUGUUUGACGAGAGGGAGAAGCACGACAGGGACCGUGCGUUCUGCUGGCACGCACUUGUUCCGGAUGCACAGACAAUGCAGGAGUAUACGCAGUGGUACAAGCAGAUGACGAUCAAGCUUUUGAACGAGAAGAAGUUCACGUAUGAUGGUGUUCCGGGAACCUAUGUGGACAUCAUUCGGGAUGUCAUCAACCUCGUAUCGGUCCACUGGGCUGCAGACAAGCUCUGUGGUAUUUCGCUCAAGACAAAGGCGACUCCCCGCGGCAUCUUCACUGAGCAAGAGGUGUACACGAUGUUCACUGUGCUCUUCAUGUGUGUCUUCGAGAACGUCGCGCCUGAGCACGGCUGGACGUUGCGUGCGGCUGCCACUCAGAUCGGUACUAUUGUCAAUGGUAUCAUUCAACAAAGCAUCAACGAGGCUGCACCGAAGAUUGCUAUUAACCCUUUCAUCGGCCAAAAGAAGGAAUGCGCGCCCUUCCUUUCCCGCCUCGCCGCUUCAGGCCGCCCCAUUGACGAGCUCGUCGGCUGCGUCAUCGGCCUCGCCGUCGGCUCCUCCGUCAACUUCGCCCAAGCCGCCGCGCAGGUUGUUGACUUCUACCUGCGCGAGGACCGCCAAAAGGAGUGCGCGGCACUCAUCACUGCGUGCAUGGCCCCGGACUCAGACAAGAACGCGAUGGAGCUUGUGCGCGGGUACGUGCGUGAGGGAAUGCGCCUCAAUCCGCAGUUUGGAGGCCUGUUUAGGAUCGCGACGGCGGAUGAUGUCGUACCCCAGGGCCAGGGCUUCCAGCCCAUGCAGGUGAAGAAGGGUGAUAUGCUCUUCGCGAGCUUCAAGAAUGCGCAUCUCAACCCCGACGACUUCCCUGACCCUGAGACCGUGAAUCCGCGCCGACCAAAGUCAAGCUACAACAUCCAGGGCGCAGGCUUCCACGGCUGCCCAGGCGUCGACUUCGUCGCGGAUACCAUCCCGGAGAUCAUCCGCAUCAUCUUCCGCCUGCCUGACCUGAGGCGCGCGCCAGGCCCUGCGGGCGUCUGCGCGGGCUUCGCGCUGCACCAGUUCGAUACGGAUAACGACAUGUAUAUCACGAGCACGGGGAAUGUAAGCCCCUGGCCUGGGUCGUUGCAGGUUGUGGUGAGUUAAUUCGACGGAUCGCGCUAAUUACAAAAGCUUUUCUUACUGUUGAGUUCAUGCUCUAUCUGCGCCCUCACACUGU